AUGCCGGCUGCCACGAAUUUGCACGUGGUAGUGCGACUGCUUCCUUCCAAUGGUCUGGAAGGUGCUUUCCGUGUUCAUGUCCAACCGGAGUCCCUGGACCAGGCCUCACUCAAACUUGGUGAAGUGUGCGAGAUUGUCGCCGAGGACGGUUGCCUGGGCUAUGGCAUCGCGUGGAGAGCCGACGACCGAAUGGGCAACCGGCCAAAGAAUCGACCCAUCAAGAUGACAGAGACGAUCCGUACCGCGUUUGGUUUUCAGGAAGGAUCACGUGUGACGAUUGCUCGGACGGACAUCCAGAUCUGGCCCGCGGAUCGGAUAGUUCUGACUGAUAUCACGCCGAAGGAGUACCUCAAGACUGAAGCAGAAGAUGAUAAGUCGUGGAGCUUGAGGAUUGGUGGAAUCGCCGGGCUAAUCGAGCAGUCGCAGCAGCUGAACAAGCAAUUGGAGCUUCUCCUCAGCGCGACGGAGAAGGUACAGCAAGGAGCUCAGGAUCCUCGUGUCGCCGUCUUGCUGCAUGGCUAUGAAGGCACUGGCAAGACUUUACUUCUGGAUACACUGGCCAAAUCGAACUUCCGCAAGGUCGUCCGCCUGCAAAAAUCAACCCUGAACGGUGGAACAAUAUCAAAGAACCAGGCCAUCAUUCGCGAGAGCUUUCAAGACGCCAAGGCACACCAGCCCUCACUGAUAUUGAUGGACAAUCUUGACAAGAUGGCGCCUAGUGACGACGCUGCUUAUGGUGAUGUUCUCGCAAGUGAAUUGGCAGGUCUUGCCAAUACCCAAGUUCUCGCAGUCGGCGCGACACGGAACCUUUCCGACCUCUCCAACACCAUCAUCGGACCCGAACAAUUUGCCAAAGUCAUCGAACUCCCGAUCCCUGACGUCUCCGCUCGCUCCCAAAUCCUCAACGUGUUACAAGGUCUUCCUCUACUUGAUUCAAACAUCGUCUCCACAGAGAUCGCCGCUCGCACUCACGGCUUUACUGGCCAAGACGUCGCGUGGCUGUACAAGCUCGCUCUCAACCACGCAGCCACCCGCGACGAACAAACCGUCCAGAAUUCCACACAUGCCAUCACUUCCGACUCCGCCACAACCACCAUGCCCUCGCUUCCAUCUCCGCCUUCAUUCUCCGUCACAAUCUCCGACUUCAACCUCGCCCUCAAGGAAAUUACCCCAGCCGCCCUUCGCGAAAUUUUCACAGAAAAGCCCAAGAUCUCUUGGUCCGACAUUGGCGGCAGUCGAGAUGUAGCCGAAUCUUUCGACGAAAUUAUCGGCUGGUCUCUCCACUCCAAGGAUAAGCUCGAAGCCUUGAACGUGCGUCCACCAAAGGGUGUACUCCUGUACGGCCCCCCCGGCUGCUCCAAGACUCUCACAGCCCAAGCCGUGGCCAGUACUUACAACUUCAAUUUUAUCGUCGUCAAAGGCGCCGAGUUGCUGUCCAUGUACGUCGGCGAGUCGGAGCGGGCGGUGAGAGAAGUCUUCCGUAAAGCUCGCGCAGCGGCACCUUGCGUCAUCUUCUUCGACGAGAUUGACUCUAUCGGUGGUGAUCGUGGAGACUCCUCUGGCGGCACAAAGGGGUUGAACGUCCUCACCACCCUGCUCAACGAAAUGGACGGCUUCGACUCCCUCAAAGAUGUCCUCAUUCUCGCGGCGACGAAUCGUCCCGACGUGCUCGAUCCCGCACUCAUGCGUCCAGGGCGCUUUGACUCCCACGUCUACCUUGGUCCUCCAGACGCAGCAGCACGGUGGGAGAUUUUCAAAAUCGCGUUGAGAAACGUACCUCAGUCGGCAGACGUUGAUCUGGAGGAGUUGGUGAUGAAGACGAUCGGGUACAGUGGAGCGGAGAUUGUGAAGAUUUGUGGCGAGGCGAAGUUUGCCGCUUUGAGGAGACACUUGACGAAGGAUGGCCAUGGAGAGGCGGAGCCAAAGGUUAGGCAAAAAGAUCUGGAGGCUGGGAGAGAGAGCACGAAGAGGCUGAUUACGGAGGAGAUGGUGGAGGGGUAUAGAGCUUUCGGCGCGAGGGGAAAGGAGUGA